AUGCUGCCUGAGAAGCUUUACUUUGGUCCAACCACGUACAUCAAGGGUUGUAGGAUAUUGAUAAGGUAUUCUGUUAGAAGUGUUGCAGACAAGAUUGAUAAUCUUGAGGAGGAGAAAACAUGGUUCAAAGCGCAUCCUCAAUUUAAGCAUAUUUUUCACAUGUUCAAGGAGCCCAACCACAUGAAUCAAGGAUUGUGGAUGCUUCUCCUCCACACUGCUCAUACUGAAAGGCUUAAUGAGUGCUGGAGAGCCUGUGCUUUUAAGUGGACUUUUGACUGUCGUGAUUACCCGGCUAAUAACAAGAAUUUGGGGAACAUGAAGUUUGUCGAGAAGCACUUUGGUAGGAUGGAUAAAAUUAAGAUUGCAGAGGUGAAAGCUAAAUUAGAUGAAAUGAAGGAUACCUCUGUGGACAGAAAGAAAAAGGCACUCCUCAUGUUUUUAUGCAAGGUAGUGAAGGCAAAAUACAAGAGUGAUGGUAACAUUGAUCCGUUCUUGCUCCGAGUUGUCAGUGAUUUGAAUGUGUGUAAAAUGUUCCUUUGGGGGCGUUACACAUUUGAUGACAUGAUGAAGGAGAUUAGGCAUGUGAUGGCAAAGUAUAACGGCAGCGUCAAAGUCAAAAAACAGAAUAUACUUGCUUUUGAGUGUAUUCCUAGCCUUGGCCGCAAAUUCCGAGAAGCUGUACAUGUUCAGAAAGACUGUCUGAGGAUGUGCAAGCACAAGUUCACUGAUGUUUGCAUGAAAGGCAUUCCGUUGGAUGAUAUAAAUGCAGCAAUUGGAACAAGUGCAAAGGUUAGUGUUUGA